AUGUCCACGCCCGCAUUUAAUCCUGGGAAUCUUCCACACAACACAAUUCAUCUUGAUGAUCCCGAUGAAUUGGGGGGCAUCUGGAAGCAUCGUACUGGCGUGUACGAACUUGAGAUCACGUACCGCCAGCCACACCAGGGGCCGAUAUUGAUCCGUCGUCUGCGCGAUAUCGCGACCGGCAAGCUGAAGAACGAAGUGGCCUGGCUCACAAGAGAAGGUCUUUACAUAGACAAGAUUACUGCGGAGCGAGUCUCCAGAUACUCCCGAAGCGCCUGGUACAAGCUGGAGGAGCAAGUUGGGCCAUACGACCCAGAAAAGGCACGUUCUGUAGGAGGCCCUUCGGUCGCGUUCAUUUUCGCAGAGGGCAAAAUUAUGUUAAGUUGGAAACCUCAUUUGGAUAAAGAAUCCUCGUUCAAACCUUGGCACCUGCUUGAGCGACCCGAUCUUCCUUCCAGCGAGGCACCUACUAUUAGAGUAUUGUCCUGA